CCCAGCUAAACUUCAAACUUACCUAUUCACACAUCCGCCCAACCUUUAAAUUCCACACAAUAACUACCACCUUCAUACCUUUUCUAUCGUUAACAUCGUUGGAAUUCAAUAUCCCCAUAUCAUGGCAUCCCAAAAUUUCGGGCUCCUGGAGGAGCGAGAGGAAAACGAGCUUCACAAAACCCGCCUCCUUAACGUCGAGGAGAAAUCAUUCAAACGGCUCAUCAGACGCCUCGUCCACCCCAGCGCCUUCACCAGCCCAGCCAAGCUGCUCACACCACCACCCGAGAGCACCACCACUGCCAACAACAACGGCGAGGCGGGCGAAGCGGCCCCGGCCACCAUCGACAUCACCGCGCUAAAAGAAGACAUCAUCCUCGACUUCGAAGCCUUCAACGCGCAGAUCCUGCGGCUGCAAUUCUUAGGAACAGCCAACGCGCAAGAGCGGGAGCGAUACGCAGCGGACCGUGUACGGAUCCUCGAAACGAUGGAGUCGGUGCGGGAAGGCAACGCGCGGCUGAAAGCACAGCUCGAAGAAGCGCGAGCGACGCUCGCGCAGCGGCGCCGCUUCGACGAGCUCGCCGACCGCAUCACGAGCAACCGCAUGCUGCGCCCCCGCGCGGAGCAGGCCGCGAACCUGGCGAAGCUCGGCGACGAGUGCGAGGGCCUGCGCCGCGAGAGCGAGACGUACGGGCACACGUGGCGCGAGCGGCGCGAGCAGUUCGAGCGGCUGGUCGAGGAGGGCAAGAGGUUGCGCGCGCUGAUCCGCGACGAGAAGGAGGAGGUUGAGCGGCGCGAGGGCAUGGAUUCGGAUGCGGAGGAUGGCGAGGCGGCGCCGACGCCGGGGAAGGGUGGGGGAGGGGGAGGGUUGGUCAGUGGGAAUGCGACGCCGAGGCCCGAGAGCGGCGCUGUGUCGGUUAAGGGCGAUGCGGGAGGUGCUACGCCUUUGCUUGGCGGGGGCCGUGAUGGACGGACGCCUCGACCGGAUAGUCCUGGUGGCGCGGCGGGUAGUACCUUGAAGCCUCGCUUAGGCGAUAGCGGCGACUUCUCGCGUGCCGGUAGCCAGGUCCCGAGUCAGCGCGCGGGCAGCCAGCAGCCGAGAGACGAGGAGCCGGAGGAGGGCGAGGAUAUCGAGAUGAGCGAGCCCGGAGCGCAGCAGCAGAACCAGGUGCCGCAGGGCGAUACGCCGAUGGCGGAGAAUGAGUCUCAGGAGACGCCGCAGAUUACGGUGGAGGCGCCGGAUGGUAUGGAUACGUCGUGAAGGAAGAUGUGGUGAGGGGUGGUCGGGCAUAGUUCCUGGGGGG